ACGCAAUGCAGGCGGCAGGCCAAAGUCCCUCCGCCCGGACAGGGUCACCAGACCCGAGGCCACAGCUCCACCAGCUGCGGCGGAGGGGAAAGGGAGUGCUGGUCGACCGGCGCCCCGGUCCCCUCACCGACCGAGGCACGAGACUCGGGACCCGCCGGCCGCGCCACGGGCCGGAACGCUGGUCGACCCGGGCUCCCCGAGCGCGGCCAAAGUGUCGCCCGCCGCGCCGCGCCGCGCCGCGGAGAAGGGAGCGCUGGUCGACCCGGGCGCCCGGGGAGCCCCGAGGCUCCCCGAGGCUCCCCGAGGCCCCGAGGCUCCCCGAGGCUCCCCGAGGCCCCGAGGCCCCGAGGCCCCGAGGCCCCGAGGCCCCCAGGCCCCGCGACGGGAGUGUUGGUCGACCCGCGCUCCCCGAGCGCGGCCAAAGUGUCGCCGCGCCCCGGAGAAGGGAGCGCUGGUCGACCCGGGCGCCCGGGGAGCCCCGAGGCCGCGCGGCCCGACCGGAGUGCUGGUCGACCCGCCCCCGUGGGAGGGGAAGAGGAGCCGCAAGGGCGUGUGCCCAGCGCGAGCACGCGCCGGCCGCCCUCCGGCCUUCGCGUCCCCCCCUGGGAAAGGGGUCCGCGCGGCCGCCCCCCGAACGACACCCGUGCGCGCCAGGGGGCCCGCACCCCACCGGCUCCCCCUCCUUCCCCGUCCCAGCCCGGGGCCCGGGGGCCCCAGCGAGGCGGGAGAGGGGGCCGGCGUGCCGGCCAACCCCAACGCGCACAGACGCGCCGGCGGUGCGCCUGCCUCCUCCCCGCGGCCGUUCCCGGCGGACCCGGGCCCUCCCCCCACACACCUCGAAGACGGGACGGGCGACCUCUCCCUCGCCGGCCGGGCCGGGGAGAGGCGCGCGAGGCCCGCCGCCAGCCGCUCCCCCCGUGGCGGGGAGCGGCCGGGGGAGGGGGCGACCCGGGAAAGCGGGGCCCGCGAGAGGUUUGGAGAGCGACGG